AUGCUCUUUCUUUCCUUGUCAAACAAUUGUCAAUGCACUUUCUUUCCUAGUCAAACAAUUGUCAAUGCUCUUUCUUUCCUAGUCAAACAAUUGUCAAUGCUCUUUCUUUCCUAUCAAACAAUUGUCAAUGCACUUUCUUUCCUUGUCAAACAAUUGUCAAUGCUCUUUCUUUCCUUGUCAAACAAUUGUCAAUGCUCUUUCUUUCCUAGUCAAACAAUUGUCAAUGCUCUUUCUUUCCUAGUCAAACAAUUGUCAAUGCUCUUUCUUUCCUAUCAAACAAUUGGCAAUGCUCUUUUCUUUCCUAGUCAAACAAUUGUCAAUGCUCUUUUCUUUCCUAGUCAAACAAUUGUCAAUGCUCUUUCUUUCCUAGUCAAACAAUUGUCAAUGCUCUUUCUUUCCUAUCAAACAAUUGGCAAUGCUCUUUCUUUCCUAGUCAAACAAUUGUCAAUGCCCUUUCUUUCCUCGUCAAACAAUUGGAAAUGCUCUUUCUUUCCUAGUCAAACAAUUGUCAAUGCACUUUCUUUCCUAGUCAAACAAUUGUCAAUGCACUUUCUUUCCUAG